CUUCAUUUCACAAGUUUAUACAUACUCUUUAAAGAAGAAGAAAGGAAAGAAAAAAAAAAGAAAAAAAGAGAGAGAAACCAAAGAAAAGAUGGCAUCAACACUCGCAACACUAACCUCAAUUUCACCAAAGCCUUAUCCAACAACCUCAUCAUCAUUUCAUUCCUCCCAGAAACAAACCCUAAGAUUCCCCCCCAUUCAUCAAAACCCUAAUUUCACCUCAUCAAGAAAAUGCACAUUCUUACCCCCAAUUUCAGCAGUAGCUGUCACUGAGAAAGUAGAAACUAUUGGUAAAGAGCUAACCAAAUUAACGUUAGAAGAAGCAAGAACAUUAGUUGAUUGGUUACAAGAAGAACUUGGUGUAUCUGCAGCUGCAUUUGCACCUGCAGCUGUUGCUGCUGCACCUGGUGCUGUUGAGGCUGCUCCUGUUGUUGAAGAGAAAACUGAGUUUGAUGUUGUUAUUGAUGAAGUACCUAGUAGUUCAAGAAUUGCUACUAUUAAAGCUGUAAGAGCUUUAACUAAUUUAGCUUUGAAGGAAGCUAAAGAGUUGAUUGAAGGUCUGCCUAAGAAAUUUAAGGAAGGUGCUUCUAAAGAAGAAGCUGAAGAAGCUAAGAAACAACUUGAAGCUGCUGGCGCUAAGGUUUCCAUUGUUUAGAAAAUGGUGGUGGUCAGGUAAACAAGAGGAUAGCUUUAUUCAAGUAUUUCUUAUUUGUUCUGCUGGCGACUCUGGUACACAGGUAUGAUUUACUCAAACGGAGGGUGCAAAUGGAAUCUUGUCCUUCAAGGAUGCAGUACUUUUUUAGAAUUUGGUGCCUUGUAUUUGUAGUUCGUAGGAAGAGGCGAAGAUGGUAAAUUUUGUAUUCCUUUCUAAACAAACGAAACUCAUUUUGCUUAAUCAGUGAAGCCCGAGGGCAAUCCUCUUGCUUACGAACCUCUUCUCCCAUGUAUAAUGUAUGUCCUGUUAAAGAACUCUACUUUCCCACUUGUCAAAGUUCCACUUUAUUAUUGCAUCGGAUUCUGGUAGCUUACGGCUACCGCAGUA